CGACGACUACGCCACUUUACACCAUCCUCGAGGUCAUCGCCUGCCUGCACCUCAGCCCCGUGACUGCCUGAAGACCUUCGCACCUCAAUCGUGUCUGAGAGUUCUCGACCAGACUCUUCUGCCGACACAGCUCGUGCGCCGAGCCUUAUGACGACUGUCGAGGCCGAUACCGAUAGCUUCGAUGAGUUCGACCUCGACGAGUCAGCAAUUGCGCACAUCGACGCCGUAGCUGGCGCUCUACUAAGCAGGAACAAUGGACAGCCUGAUGGAAAUGCGGAUACGCCGAUGAGUGAUGCCUCGACCAAUGCAUGGGGAUCUAAGGACCCUUCCGUAGCAAAGCGGUCAGGCGUUCACGGCAGUUCGAUAGCCAAUGGCCACGGAAGCAACGGGGACAGAAGGACGAAUCAAGGGCAGCGCAAUGCUUCGUACUCGCAUACAGGUCGAGGGCCGGAGCAUGGUGGAGGAGAGAUGGACGCGGGUCCCUCAGCCUCACGAGGACGACCCUUGAUCCGCACAUCAUCUGGUCCUCUUCCGCCUACACAGUACGUCCAGCGAAACCUUUUUGGUGAGGUCGCUCAAUCUUCAGCAUCCGGAUGCCUGGUCAUGUCCUCUCAGGCUCGCGUGGAGCACGCUGGUACGAAGAGGGCGAAGCGUACAAAACAGUGGGAGAGGGCUGAUGAUGUGGCAAGCAGAUGUCGGAAACCGAUGCGAUCAGGGGGUCUUCAGAAGACGCAAGAGAGCGAUGACCUUCCGGAUCCUUGGGACGUCGAAGAAUGGGAAGAGCGGGACCAUCACAUCGGACGAGAAGCUUCUUCAGGACAACUGCGGCCAGGGAGUGUCAAGCUUCCCCCAGACUCGAUGAAGCUGCAGCUCGAUAGCAGGGCAGCUGAGAAAUUCAUCUACCCAGUCAACAUGACUAAGCGUGACUACCAAUUCAACAUUGUACAGAGGGCUCUAUACGACAAUGUCUUAGUAGCACUUCCUACUGGCCUCGGAAAGACGUUCAUCGCCGCCGUUGUCAUACUCAAUUUCUUUCACUGGUAUCCCCAAGGCAAGAUCGUCUUCGUUGCUCCGACAAGGCCUCUCGUCAAUCAACAGCAGAUGGCUUGUCAUGGCAUUUGUGGGCUACCAUGGGAUCUUGCUUGCGAAAUGACCGGAAACACGAGCAGGAGCAGAAGAGGCGAUGAAUGGCAAGAGAAGAGGAUAUUCUACAUGACGCCGCAAACGCUCGAUAACGAUCUGCGCACAGGAGACGUGGAUCCGAAAGAUAUCGUUUGCCUCGUCGUCGACGAAGCGCACCGGGCAACGGGAAAUUAUGCGUACUGCAAUAUUGUCGCGCAGAUCCAGGCCGUCAAUCCCUAUUUUCGAAUCCUUGCGCUGACUGCUACGCCAGGCAGUACUGCCGAGAGAGUGCAAGAGGUGAUCGAUAAUCUCCACAUUAGCCUCAUCGAGCUACGGACGGAGGAGGCGCUAGACAUACGCCAAUAUGUCCACAAGAAGCACGAAGAGACGAUCAUCGUUCAGAUGACGGAUGACUUCAGACACAUCCGUGAUCUUUACCUGGCAGUGAUGCAAGACAAUUGUGAAGCUCUAGUGAAGCAUGGUCUUCUACCAAACGCCGACCCCUCAACACUUCAUCCCUUCCGUGUUCGCUCUGUCUAUGCCGAACGCAGAGACAUUAUUGCGAAGAAGAGAUGGCUGGGAGCUACAAUUCAAGAGACCGCUCGGAUGGCUGAAGCUCGUGCCCACCUCGACGUCUUUUCGAUCAAGAUGUUUCGCGGUAGAGUGCAAGAUCUAGUCGACAGCAUGAAGAAGCAGGAUGCGAAGAAGAUGAAGUUGGCGCAGAUUUUGAAUCUUGCUGCAUCGAUCCCAGAUCAAGCGCACCCCAAGAUGGUAGCUGCCGUCGACACCAUAAUUUCUCACUUCAAUAAAGAGCAGCAGCAAGGGAACGUAUCCAGUAGGGUCAUGGUAUUUUGCUCCCUUCGAGAGUGCGUACACGAGAUCGUAGAAUUGCUAAAUGCUAAUGAAGGAUUGAAGGCCACCUCUUUCAUCGGCCAGUCGGCUGACAAACAGGGCCGGGGCUUGACACAGAAGCAGCAAAAGGAGAUCAUUGAGAAGUUCAAGAAAGGAAUCGUGAAUGUCAUUGUGGCCACUUCGAUAGGGGAGGAGGGCCUCGAUAUUGGCGAGGUGGAUCUCAUUGUCUGCUAUGAGGCGGUGAAAGACUCCGUUCGCAUGCUUCAACGGGUCGGUCGAACGGGUCGCAAGAGAGAUGGGAGGAUCGUAGUCCUCAUGUCUGAAGGACCAGAGUCUAGCAUCUGGCAGAAAUCAAAGGACACCUACAAAGGGGUGCAACAGACUAUCAAUGCAGGCCACAGUGUUACCCUAUUUGAUGACGUGCCUCGGCUUAUUCCUCCAAGCAUACGGCCCAUUCCCACCUUCGAGGAGUUGGACCAACCUGACUUCAGGCCUGACUUCAUCGGCAAGAAGGUGCCGCUCGCAGCGAAGACCGCUCGAGUCACGGAAAAGGCGAAGCGACGCAAGGAGCGUUUGACCGAUGUGAAGCGCAAUGCACCCGAAGGUGCUCUCAUGGGAUUCUUGCGGGCUUCAUCGUUGACUUCCAAAAAGGGCAAGAGCCGUCUGCAAGAAGGCGAUGAUGAAGACUUGGACGAUGCCUCAGGGAAGGUCCUCGCGGAAGGUCGUCGAAAAGAUCUUUCCGACGAUUCUGACGACGAAGCUCUUGAAAGGGGGUUGAAUUUCCAUCGAGCUCAUCAAAGAAAUGCUUCUGACGACGAGCGCAACGCUGGCGCUCUUCCGCAGCCCUCGGACAACCUCAAAAGCUCUACAUCUCUGAUGCAAAGCAGUCUGUCGUCUCGCAAACGAGGUCAGAGACUCGGCGUCCGACGGCCAGCGCAACGACUUGCGGUCGAAUCGUCUGAUGACUGGUCCAGCGACGAUAUAGAGAUCGUUCAUCCACACGAAGCCAGCACUUCACCGGUCCCCCAGGUGGUUGAGGCAACACGAUGUGCUGAUGGCCUGGAGUCGGCAAAAAAUCGAUUGCCACCUAUAGCUGACCAAAUGUCGAGGGCACGGCAGGAACCGGAAAGCAAGGCGCUGAACUCUUCUCAAGAAUUUGACGUCUCUUGGACCAUGGACUCGGAAGCUCUAGCCAACUUGACUCAAGAAGUAGUCGAGAACCGCGCUUCCAGUCGUGAGAGUUCCCCAGAAGUGUAUCGACGACGCGAGGCUCAUCCUCUCGUCGCCUCGCUUGCUGCCCACGACCGUCAAAUCGUUCAGUCGGCCGAGCGCGUAGGUCCUGGAGCAACGUCUGACGCAAGAGGGUUGCGAGCAGAUGAAGGUGUUCAUAACGUCGCAGAGUCCUCCGAAUCUCUUUCUCAAUCUCGAGACCUCCAUCAAGUCGACGUCGUACGCACGCCAGCGAAUGGUGUUCUUCGCUCUGCUUUGCGGACUUCAUCUAACAAGGAAGCCGCUGACUCGCCCAUAGUCAAUCGUCACGGGCGGAGGCCCCUGAAGCCGAUGGCUCUCACGUCUUCACCCGACCAGACACCCGAUCUCUCAGAGAGAAAGGCGAACAAGUUUGGAUCGCGAGCAUUCCACGAGCUCUCUUCCGAUCUCGAAGGAGGUAACGUGCGGCCAGAGAAGCGCGUCCUCGCAGAGACGGCGGCGUCCAAGCAUGAAGUUAACGUAAAAAAGGCGAGGAAGCGACAGAAAUUGCCAAAGAAGCGCAUUGGCAAUUCACCUACCUCAAGAGCACUCUUUCGCUUCGAGGCAGAUCGAGACACCGAUGAGGAACGACGUGGUGUCCGAUCUGAUUCUGACGAUGAGGGUGCCAACACCGAUUCGGCUGGCUCCAGCGACCUCGAGCACGUAGGAGAUUUCCAGCCCACGCAAGCUCCGAGAGGAUACAAUCAGAAAUCCGUCUACCAGCAGAGCCUGCUGACGCAAGGAGCACCCACUCCUUUCAGACGCAAGACGGUGGGUGGCUUCGUCGGCGGCAGAUAUGGGCCCCCCAGCACACCGGAUAGCCACGAGGGCCCCCGCCAUGCCGAGAGGACCAGACAUGGUAACGACGAUCCAGACGACACGUACUCCGUCGGCUCUUUCGUGUGUGAUGACGAUGAGAUCGAAUAUGCUUCGGACAACGGCUUGAGUGAUGAAUAGAUGUAUAUACAAAUGCCUAGCAGUCGAAGGGGCUGUAAGUGAGGGGGAAGAAGCUCGACAGACGGAUUGGCGAUCUAUUCAAUGUACUCUGAUUUGUUCAUUCAUGUGGCUACCUAUCAACGACGGGCACAGUCCACUACUUUUCUGUGUCACUCGCUGGUGCAGACCUAGCUAAUUCUUCUACUUUCGUCAGUACCAGGCCUGAUGCUUGCGUCCGAGCGCCAGGUUUCAGGACACCUCUUCGCGCUGCUUCAGCGAGUA